CUAUUUCAGGUGAACGGCGCGUGGACGUUGCCAAACUUCGUUUGUGAUUUCUACAUAGCAAUGGAUGUGAUAUGCUCAACUUCGUCUAUAUUUAAUUUAGUUGCAAUAUCAAUAGACAGAUACAUCGCCGUGACGCAGCCGAUCAAGUACGCGAAGCACAAAAACAGCCGGCGGGUGUGCCUGACGAUCCUGCUGGUGUGGGCGAUCUCGGCGGCAAUCGGUUCGCCGAUCGUGCUAGGACUAAACAAUACCCCGGAUCGGGUACCCGAUCUGUGCGUUUUCUACAACAGUGAUUUUAUAGUGUACUCGUCGCUAAGUAGUUUUUAUAUACCGUGUAUCAUAAUGGUGUUUUUAUACUGGAAUAUUUUUAAGGCUCUUCGAACGCGAGCGAAAAAGCAACGCGCAGCGCGCAAGCCCCACAUAUCGGAAAUCACCGCCGGUGGAAGUCUGAUGGAGAACAUUGCUCAAACGAAGAUUGCGGUGGAAACGCAACUGGACGGCAGCACCAAGAGCGGCUCGUGCAAAAUCCUUCCGGACGAGCCGCCAACGAAUACGGCGUCCGGUUCCAACGAGGAAGAUGACGACAAUGCCGGGUCCCCUGACAUUGAUGAUUGUCAUGUGAUUGUGAACGAUAAAUCAACAGAAUUUAUGUUGGCCACGGUCGUGGAAGAAGCCGGAAACGUGGUGGCCCAGAUCACGACAACGCAGAUUCCCUCCGACCCGAACGGCAAUCACGACUCGGGCUACGCGGCUUCCGGCAUCGGGGACGUGCUGGCAGCGAAUGCAACGCCACCCGGGAGUCCAAAUGUGGCCGCAACGGUCAUUGUAAAUAAAAACGCUACGCUUAGGAGUAGGAACGGUUCGCCCAGGAAGGAAGCGAGUGUGACGCUCAAACCUCUGUCAUUAGUGCGGUGCGGGGUGCAGCAGGCCUUGACGCUGAACCGAAACGACUCGACGCUAUCAACGAAUUCCAAUACGAGGGACAGUACGCUGAAGGACAAGAAAAACACACAGCAGGCUACGAGCAGAUUCACGAUCUACAAGGUGAACAAGGCAUCCAAGAAGAAGCGGGAAAAGUCCUCGGCGAAAAAGGAACGCAAGGCAACCAAAACGUUAGCGAUAGUGUUAGGCGUUUUUUUAAUAUGCUGGGUGCCGUUCUUCACGUGCAACAUCAUGGACGCGAUGUGCACCAAGCUGGACAUGACCUGCCAACCGGGCGUGACGGCCUUCAUCCUGACCACCUGGCUCGGCUACAUGAACAGCUUCGUCAAUCCGGUCAUCUACACCAUCUUCAAUCCGGAGUUCCGGAAGGCGUUCAAAAAAAUCAUGAACAUCGAGUGAGUGCGGCGUAUCGUGCCGGGCGGCGGCGAUGGAGGUAAGACGACACCCGCAGGUGGUGCCGCCCGUCGAGCCAUAGCGAUACCGGCGGCGGCGGAAGUGGAAUGUGCCUCACGAGAAUUGUCGUCCUCCGGUGGGAUGGAAACGGUGGGCGGUACCAGUGACGGUGGUGCCGGGGUUGGAACUGUCACGGUCGCGUGGCAUCAGAGCGAAAUUCAAUGACCGAUAGUGAAUGCAGCCUGUUGGCUGGGAGUGGGUGAUAGCUAGAUAUUUUUUUUCUGCUUUGCAUUCGUUCAGUUCCUAUCCGUUGAUGCGACGGGAUCACACAGGUAUUUAGGGGAUUUGGGAAACUGUCGGAAAUGAACUAGAAUGGGUUGCAAGAUGGAACGCUAGCCUUUGAUCUUUAGUUUGCCGCUCUGUGCAAAAAGGAUUUUACGGUGAGGAUAAAAAGUGCUAAUACAUUGCUCUGAUUGCUCGGAUAAGUUGAGUUUUCGUUUUAAUGAAUUUUCAUAAUAGGGGUAAACUGUACCAUUGAUAUAGUUAGUUUGGAAAGUGACUGCUCCCAUCAUUUACAACGAUUGAAAAUAAUGAAAAUACCACAAUUUCGUAUGUGUCGUCCAGACAUUCAGAUUAAUUAAUGUCCAGAUUCCAAAGAUUUAAAAACAGCAAAAUAAGUCAUAGUUAGCCGUUUUGACUUCGUUUUAUCAAUAUCUGGAACCCGACUUGGUCACUCUAGCUAAUAUUCGUCGCGGUAUUUGUAAUUACCGCAACCGCGCAGGAAUUGUGCUUUGUGGUAAAAUGAUUUUCACCGCGGGAAAUAAGAGUUUACCACGCGGUAUUACCACCGGAACCGCGCUUUUCAAUUUUUGUGUAAUUUAAAUACAAAGAGUUUUUAUUGAUUGACAUAGAACACACAAAAAAAAUCGAUGGCAGCAAUUGACAAAUAUUAGUAUCGCGAAUGUCUACCCAUAGUUAUUCGAGAUGGGUUCUAUUAGUUUUAUGUUUGGACGACAGCCGGUUGGCCACUCCGAUAAGCACACCGCCACCGGGUUUUUUCCCUGUACUGUCUGGAUCGCGAUCGUUACGGUAAGCCUUGUACUUUGAGCCGAAUAACUGAAGUAAAUUGAUCAUUCAGCCACGUUUCGGUUAGAACAAUAACAUCAUAUUCGGCGUCUCAAACAGCGAUGAACAACCCGUCAAUUUUGGUGCAUAGUCCUCUCACGUUCUGGUAGUAGACACUAAGAUGUUCCAGCAAGUAAUAUCCUGAUGGUUGAGCGGUAGAAAGAUGAGCGGCGAUGGUGGUGGCGUCCGCUUGUAAUCGGGAGGACAUAUACCCUCCUUGGCUUUUCCUGACCGGGAGAGGUCGCUGCUUUAACAUGCAAGUUCGGUAGAAAACAGCUUGACGUCGUUGAUGGAAUUGGGCUGAUUGCACCUGUCGGCAUGCUGCAAUUGACACUCAGCUCAAAUGUUUACGGUUUAUCGGUGAGAACGGGAAACAUAAUGUAGCCAAAUCAAAUCUCAACAAUGCAGCGGCUAAUCUUUCCAUAUGAUUCGUUCAUUGCGGGGACGGUAGGCUUCAACUUCGGUACCCAAACUCUCGAUCACCUUGGUGUCAACAGACGGCAAGACGCAACGUCUGGUUCUGCGAUUGAUCGCUAUUGUGAUUCCUCCGCCGAAUCGAUCAAUGCGAUCAAAUCGAUGAAUAACAAACUUAGAGUUACUCUUAAAUCUAAUGUUUGAUUUUAACAAAGUUUCGGUCGCAAUGUUCAUUCAUCGUCGCGUUGGCUUAAUUAAAAGGUGGCACAUGGCUGUAUUAUUCACACAAACCGAUCCCGCAAUUCCUGGGCCCGGGUGAAAAGUUUCCGCAAAUGUUCGGAUAAUUUAAAUUGCUCAUCAUCGAGUUGGUGUAAAUUGACAUGACAUUACUAUAAUAUUUAGGUGCAAAUCUUUGAUAUGAGUUGCGCUUUUCCAAUAUAUUUCUUCACAAUAUUCUAUGGAGUCGGUCUCACGAAGUCCCAAAAAAUUUCUAAAGAAUACUACAGUACUAUCAUGUAUUCUAUACGAAUAACUGUGAAGUUUGAUAUGGUGCUCGGGGUUGUGUCCUUUACAGUACCUCCUGGAACCAUAUCUAAAAGCAAAACAAAGCUUUGAUACUAUCAUUCCGUUUUGGAACUUGACCUUCUUAUUCAACAGGUUUUGCAGCCGAUUCUUAGUGUAGAAGACACGGGGCUAGUGCGACGAUGCAACUGGUCACUACAAAUCUGUCCUGGAUGAGUCCCUCAAAUACGAUGAAUGUUUUACACUCUUAACCGCCAAAGCAGGAAUCAUUUCUAGUUUUCCCAAAACUAGUUAAUAUAUCUCCAAAUUCAUUUAGGAGGUUGACAUUUAUUACUUUUAUGUAUACCCAGGUUAUGCUAAGACACGCUUCGAGCUAGAAGUUGUAUAACUAUUGAAUAUGGCUCACAUGGUCCUCUGACAGACCACACGGCAUUUUUUGGAAAGCCAGAACCGGUUCUCUGACCUGACCAACAAGUAUAGUUAAAGAAUCUCGAAUAAUUUCCCGAUCAUUUGCAAGUAGUUUAGUUGAAAUCGGUGGAAAAUUGAGAAAACUAGUACCAAAUAAACGCAUAAACUUUAAAGUCACAGGUACUUCGAAGGCGCAUUUUUUUCCGGCAGCUGCGCAACACCGCCUUUUGGCGGAAUAAGUUUUUUAGUUCAUAAGUUUAGUUUCAAGUUAAUACAGGACCAAAUUUCAAUUCUACGGCUAAGUACUACUGUAAUGUAAUGCUAAUAAUUUUUAUUUUUUUGAAAACUCCAAAAUGUGAGAUAAUUUUUUAAUUGAAUUACACCACACAUGCAAAAUAGUUUUUACUCAUUUCCCUGAAAUUUCCAACUUUCAACUAAAAUAUCAUGUUAUAUCAUGAUUUCAGCCAGCAGGUAACAUAUUUGUGUGAAAGGUGGGAAUGUAUUGAACAGGUUUUAGUGGGGUUAACAACACAAAAUUUUAUAUUGUAGAUUUCACAGCGAUUCGGCUGAACUCCACCAAAAUACGGAUCCAAUGUAAUACAUUUAAAUGAUUAUUUAAAGAUAUUAUUAAACUUAAAAUUUAUUAUAAUUUUGUUGGCACAUCCCACCCAGUUUGGAAAGCUUCAAACAUGGAGGUAGAAUUUAGCAUUUCAGUCAUCAAUUGAAGCGUUGAUUGUUGCAAGAAAUUCAUUUUUUCUUCCGUAAAUGCCAGCUAGCCAGCAGUUGUAGCAAAAAAGCGUUGUGUGGGAACGAAAUUGGAAGCGUCGUAGUGAUCGUUCUUUUAGUCUUGUUACCUGUCACUACAGCACAAGACGACGCACCAUUGUAGGAUGCUGUGACGGAGAUAGAAGAUGCUUGUAUAGGCAGAAAAGUUGUAAUUCUAUUGAGAGGCGUGCUAAUUUACGUUUAAACUGGUUUUCUUGAAGUGAGCCUGAAUUUUUCGUUAGUUGUUCUUGUUUUCUUUGAACGAGAGCUUAUAUUUGUUUUCUCGAAUCGGACAUACCCAGAAAUUCGGUUUUUAGUUUUCGCUACAAUUGGAACAUUCGAAAUCUUUUGUGGUGUCUUUCACCGGACAAGUGUCCUUUGUGUGCAAAUUAUCACUACAGAUCGUACAUUUGGAAUCCAAAUGUCAUUUUUUGUGUCGUGCUCAAACCCCUGGCAUCUGCGAUACGGUAAAAUUUUGAAUUCUGCUCUCAUGUCGCAAUUUUUUUUAUGCUAAAUGACUUAGGAUGUAAUGAAACGCCGAGAUCUACUGCCACACGGAAAUUUGGUGGAAAAUUUUGGAUUUGAGUUGAUACUGGGGUUGCAAAAACUGCUUUUAAUUAAUUUUCUAAUGUCUAAGAACUGCGUGAAACAACGGAUCUUGUAUCUUCUCAUAAAAAAAAUGUUUUGACAAAAGACUUUUAAUCUUCAAACUGAGAUUUUUAAAUAAAAAUCAAAAAACAUGUUUUUUUUCGAAUUAAAAUCAGAGUUCGGCACUUUACUUAUUUCUAAAACAUUUGGCAUACAAAAAAAAAUAAAAACUGCAUUUCCAAACCCAAGCCCCAUCUCCUUUCAUCACAAAGACAGUAUCGAGCAGAUCUCGACGCUUAAUGAUAUUAUUUUUCUAUUGCGCUCAAAUUUUGCAUGGGGACUUUUUCGAGGUAUCAAUACUUUUGAGGUGUGUCCGAUUUUAAAUUUCAGGAAGACCAUAAAUAUUGGUACUCAACCGUAUAUAAUAGUACUCCUGAAUGGACUCAAAUGAUCCCAAAAUGGAUGUCAAAAAAGAUUCAUCGCCAAAGAUCCGCGCUUCCAUUUAAAAUCAAACACAUUGAACUGGGUUCGACCGUAUCCGAUCUUCUUUCGGAUCAAAGAUAGUCCGCGAAGUAUUCUAAUAUUCCGCAAGACGCAGAAAUAUUCAGCUGUGCCAGACGUCUCGAAAGUUCGCCUAGAUAGGCUCAGGCUUAUGAUAUUUUGUCUAUGCAAACAAAUGACGUUACUGGUGACAAGACUUUCAUGAAGAACUAACGCGUUUACAUGCCCGCUCACAAAAUUGAGAUCGAUGGUGUAGUAAUCGAUUCGAGCUUGACAUGCGUGGAUCUACUGAAGAACGGAAUUGUCUGUUUCAAAAACCCCUUGUUCCAGUGAGCGAAGAUUUUGAGUGACAAUCGCACCGGACCCAAACUUUGACCUUACGGUAGCCCUUUCAAGGCAACAUUAAAUGGUCUAUCUGUCUUAAAAUCAUAAGAAUAAAAUUUAUAUAACUUCUCGGUAAGAUACAGGAGAAGUCGUUAGUGGUGAAUCAAGCCACCGCUGCAACUCGAUAUUCUCUUCUUUGGUCAAUCUGAAAAGAGAAUUUCACGAUCGGAAGGAACGUUGAGAGCUCAGUUCGAAAGGCUCCGAAGUCGGGGAUCAUCAGACGAAUUUCGCGGUAAAUCAUAUUCAGAGUUGGCAGCACCCUCCCAGAUUUUAUUGAAACUUUCUGUACAUGAAGAUUUUGUCACAAAAAGCCACUCUGCAUACUUUGUUUUCCCAAAAAUGAUCUAGACUGUCUUUUAAAAAGAGUCAAACUUUUUUACCAAUUUUUUUUUUCGGAUGACUGUUGUCUAAAAAUGGCAAAUCCUACAAAAAAAUGUUGUACGAGUGAUUUUCACAAAAUCAGUUAAAUUUUUGAAUAAAAAUAUUGAAAAAAUUCUUCAUCAACUUCUACACUGUUCAGAACCCAGAAUUCUGAAGACAGAGCUCAGUGUCCAGAAUCCAGGGUUCCGAGUGCAGAGGUCAGAGUCCAGAGCGCAGAGUUCGGAGCUCAUAGUUCAGAGUUCAGAUGCCACAGUCCAAAACCUGGAGUCCAGAGCCGAGAGACCAGAAACCAGAGUCUAGAGUUCUUAUUCCAAAGUACUGAGCCCAGAAUCCUCAGCACAUAAUACAGAGUCCAGAGCCCAAAGUAAUUCAAAAUAGUGAGACCAGAGUUUACAGUCCAGAUUCCAGAGCUCAGAGUUCAGAUUCGAUACUCCAGAGUUUAGAUUCCAUAGCCCAACGACCAGAACCCAGAGUCCCGAGCCCAGAUUCCGGAGUCCAGAAUCCACAGUCCCGAGUGCAGAGUACAUAGUCCAUAGUUUAGAGUCCACAGUUCACAGUUCAGAGUCCAAAGUCCCGAAUCAAGACCCAGAGCCCAUAGCUCAGAGACCACAGUCUACAGUACAGAGUCCAUAGCACAGAAUCUCGAGGCGAGAGCUCAGAAUACAGAGUUAAGAAUGCAGAGUCCAGUGUUCAGAGUGCAGAGAACAAAGUCGAGAAUCCUGGGUUCAGAGUCUAGAGCCCAGAGUCCUCAACCGCAAUUACUUUGGCCAGAGUCCAGAGCUCUGAGAUCAGAAUCCAGAGUCCGAAUUACUUAACCCAAAAUUCUGAAGCACGAGUUUGGACUUCAGAGCAAAGAGCCCAGAACCCAGAGUCCAUGACACAGAAUCUCGAGGCGAGAGUCCAGAGUCCAGAAUCCAGCGUAAAAAGUGCAGCAUUCAGAGUUCAAAUUCCAGAAUCUAGAGCUCAGAGUCCAGAGACGAGAAUCCUUAGACCAGAGCUCAGAGUCCAGAAACCAGAGUACAGAAAUUCGAGGCCAGCGCCAAAAUACCGUCAUCCAGCGAUGAGAGUGAAGAGUCCAGAAUGUUAAUUUCAGUGUCCAUAGUCCAGAGACCAGAACCUAGAAUCCAGAGUCCUGAGGGAAGAACCAAAAGUCCAGAAUCCAGUUCAGUUCAUGUAUAAGGUAACUAGCAGUUGGAUAAUUGGAUUUUGAGGUGAUUAUGACUUUCAUUGGUUUAGUUUUCGAUAAAAAUACACUGUAAAAAAUUCAGUUAGACCAAGGAAAAGUUUUUUUUUUCAAAUACCUUUUUUUCCUUGAAAGCGCCCAACUUGAAUUUUUGACGGUAGCUAGGAAACAUAAUUCUCUAUCUUGGCACAAAAUUUCAUCCAAAUCUAAGAUGGGUUUUUUUUGUAAAUCGACUUAAAAUGUUUAAAAUCACUUUAUUUCAGUGUAGAAGUCGAUGAAGAUUUUUUUCAAUAUUUAUAAUCAAAAAUUUAACUGAUUUUGUAAAUAUCACUCCUACAACAUUUUUUGUAGGAUCUGUCAUUUUUAGAGAAUAACCAUUCGAAAAAAAAAAUGUUAAAAAAGUUUGACCCUUUUCAAAAGACAGUAUAGAUCAUUUUUAGAAAAACAAAGUAUGCAAAGUGGCUUUUUGUGACAAAGUCCUCAUGUACAGAAAGUUGCAUUAAAAUCUAAGAGGGAGCUGCCAACAUUUGUUCGAGUUGGCGCGGAAUUCGUCAUCACUGUUAUCGGCGGAGGAGAUUGCUGUUUCUUCGCACAAUGCGAGGAAAUUUACAAAUUACUUCUGCAUCACAUUCGGAUAAAACAUCGAAUGAGUUGCUACAAUCAAUUGGAUUUUCGGAUGGAGAAGUUACCCUUUUUCGUUUCUUUUUAAUAUUUGGCACACGGCCUUUCUGGGAGGACCCAGACAUGUUAGAUGAAUUAAAUAUUUCUUUAGCUUUAAGCAAAUCGCUAUGAUCUACAAAAUACUUUCAAAUGUCGGGUUUUGUAAAGGGCGAACACGAAAUUAUUGCGACACCGAAAAUGUCAUGCCAAUUUACUUAUAAUGUUUAAAAUCAAACCAAAAUUUUAGGGUAGUUUUAUACAUAUAUUUACUUCAAAAAUCAAAAGAAAAGUUAAUCGAUGGAGCCUUGAGUGUAAAAUUGAACGCAUUUUCGCUUGAUGCCCUCCAUCAAAGUCUUUACAGUGUCAUCCGGUACCAGUUUCUCAGUUUUUUCCAUUUUCUUAACUUGUCCUUCUCGUCUUUGACUGUCUUCUUGCUCUUCCGAAGUUCCCGCUUCAUCAUUGCCCAGUACUGCUCCACUGGGUGCAGCUCCGGACAGUUUGGCGGAUUCAUGUCCUUUGGAACAAAAUGGACAGAAUUGGCCUCAUACCACUCCAGGACACUUUUAGAAUAGUGGCAUGAUGCCAAAUCUGGCCAAAAUAGCGGAGCUUCGUCGUGCUGCUGCAAGAACGACAAAAGGCGCUUCUCGAGGCACUCAGAUUUGUAGAUGUCGCCAUUUACUGUGCCCUUUGUCACGAAAGGUUCACUCCUCAGUCCGCAAGAGCAAAUGGCCUGCCAAAUGAGAUAUUUGGAGGCGAACUUCGACAUUUUCUUCUUCUUAAAUUUGUCGUCCACAUAGAACUUGCUCUUGCCGGUGAAAAACUCCCACCCCGGAAUUUGCUUAAAAUCGGCUUUUACAUACGUUUCGUCGUCCAUCACACAGCAGCCAUAUUUUGUCAGCAUCUUCUCGUAGAGCUUCCGUGCCCGAGUUUUAGCCGUCGAUUGUUGCCGCUCAUCGCGGUUUGGGAAGCUCUGUACCUUGUAUGUAUGUAGUCCAGCUCUCUUCUUUGCAUUCUGGACGUAGCUCUGCGACAAGCCGAUCUUUUUAGCAAAAUCACGGCUUGAGACGUUGGGAUUUGCUUUAAUCAUCUGCUUCACCUUUCCCUCCGUCUUUUUGUUCUCCGGUCCUGGUUUUCUUCUAGCUGCUUUGACGUGGUCCAACGUCAACCGCUACUGGAACCGCUUCAACACUUCUGGAGACGGUUGAAUUUUUCCCAACUGCCGGUGCGACAGGUCAGGAAAUUUCAGGUGUUUGGAAAGAAUUUGUUCUCUCGACUCGCGUUGGUUCACCUCCAUUUUCGUUGAAUCGAAAAACAUGACUUCGAGUUUCACAGCAUGUAAACAAUACACAUCAAUGAGAAAGUGUGCAAAAUUUGGUUGAUUUUUACCCAAUGGUAAAAAAGUUAUGCCCUCUUACGCUAGAUGUGAAUAUUUUGAAAUUUAGUACAAGUUCGUUAAAAUUUAAUUUCGACAAAAUAGUACAGGAAUUUAAACAAUCCGUUCAGUACAACGGGAGCUAGUAAUGUUUAACUUCUAGAACUAUUAUGAUGAUGACCCCACCUAAUUCCCCCAUAAAAGAUUUAGCUCAACGAUUUAUUUAGAAGAUAUUUAAUAUAAUUAAGUCAUCUUGCAGUCAUUUUCAAACAGGUCCACCAAGAGAGUCCACAUAUUUUUCAUGAAAAUAUUGUAUGGUACCGAAAAUACCGGUACUGGCUUUUGUUCAGAACCGGUAUUACGGUACCAAAAAUGGGUCGGUAUUCCCGGGAUUUUCGGUACCGGUAUUACCGGUACCAUAACCCUAUUCUCUACCUUUCACCAUUCAAGUUUCCCGUCUGAUCGCUUGGUUGUCCGUUGGUAAAGUGAGCCCAAAGAAAUUCUUAAUCCAGUAACCUUUAACCAAUUCACUCUCAGUGCGACUCUUUUCCGUAACUUCUCGCAUUUUCCAAUGUCAAAAUCUGGUGUCAAUUCGUUUUUUUUAAUUUUAUUUGAAAAUUGCUGAUUAAAAUUUGAAAGUAUUAGAGAGGGAACUUUUGUCAAAAUAUCUUUUACGAGAAGAUACAUGAUCCGUCGUUUUAUGCACGUCGAAGACAUUGAGAAUUAAAAAUAAAUUGAAAAGCUGUUCUUCCAAAUCCCAGUUUCAGCUUAAUUCCAAAAUUUUCCAAGUUCCAUAAAGGGCAAAAUAUUUCAGGUUGACUUCUCAUGACAUUUUUAAUCAUUUAGCGUCAAAAAUACGAAUUUGAUUUUUGAAUAUUCUAAAGGUCGUUUUGUAUUUUUUCACGGAUGAAAUUUUUUGCACUUUGGCUGUUUUGCGCAACCCCUUAACCAUGCUCGAUUGAAUUGAUAUUUAACAUAGAGACUAAUGGUGCUAAUGCUAUUGAAAUUAUUAAAUUCGAUUAUCACCUUUUGUCCAUACAUGCCAUUCGCACCCUAAUAUACAAUCUUCUGAAUAGAUGCUCCCUCCGUCAAUUGAUUUCAUGAAUAAACACUUCAAUCAUUGACGUUCAAUAUUUGUGACUGGAAUUUACAAAAAUGAAGGAAUGGCCAUUUAUAUUUAAUUAAGUAUGGGCCAUUUCCAUGUACACAAAUUAUUGUUUGAAUGUCAAACUGAAAAAGAAAGCCAAAGUAAACGCUAAAGGGUCGCAAAACUGAGACUCCGCCAGAAGCCCACGCUACUGGUGCCUCUGGCCCUGGCUCUGGCCCAGUGUACCCAUGCAUGACGACGGUAAUGCCUAGCUCACAGAUCAAAAGAUAGAGUUUACCAGGUGACAUCAUUUACUUCAAAGUCAAUAAUACCCCCAAGGAAGGCAUCUGGGACUGUUGAUGUUUCUGAUGUACUUCAAUGAUGUACAUCUACUGGUUAAGACUUCAUGGCUGCUCUUCGCGAAUUAUCGUAAGAUACUUCGUCCAGAUUUCACCAACCUUCAGCUUCCAGUUUUCGUUGAUUGGUAUAGAAAGAAUCGCAUGUGUGUAAAUCUGAAGAAGUGUUUGGUGAUUUCAUUCUCAUGUAAUAAAAACCCCGUUCGUUUUAAUUGAAUGCAAAAAUUUAACGCAAAAUUUUUGCACUACUACACACGGAAAAAAAAUCCGUUCAUAUAUUCAUGGUCACGAUGUCGUGAACUUUAUGAUUUACGAAAACCGUGACCAAGUUCCUGAAAUUAUGAAUAAUUUUUUUUCUUUUUUAUUUCGACUAGGUUAGUCACAUUUUCUUUUUUUUACGUUUUAACGACAUUCAAUUAGCUAGAGAUUACUGGGUAGGGAAAGUUAUGAAACUUAGAGCCAUAGUACUCAAGUGAGAGCAAGGAUGUGAAGUAAACAGAUCGGAAAACUAGAAGUGGCAGGGUCAUUAGAACAGACUUAAUAUCGUACGGGCUUAAUCUUUGCCUUCUGUUAAUGAGGGUCGAGCUUAGGCAGAAUAACUACGAAUCACCCGAGUUCACUAACAUGUGUCCUGAUAAAGGUAGACGUAUCUAUCGGCCGGUUGUCACGGUAAAGAUGGAUAUGUCUAUCUAUACCAGGACACAUGCUAGUGAACUCGAUUGAUUCGUAGUAACGCUGCCUAAGCUCGACCCUCAUUAUCAGAAGACAAAGAUUAAGCCCGUACGAUAUUAAGCCUGUUCUAAUGACCCUGCCACUUCUAAUUUUCCGAUCUGUUUACUUCACAUCCUUGCUCUCACUUGAGUACUAUGGCUCUAAGUUUCAUAACUUUCCCUACCCAGUAAUCUCUAGCUAAUUGAAUGUCGUUAAAACGUAAAAUAAAAAUAUGAAUAAUAAUUCUCGUAUUCAUGAAACUAUUUUUGUUUUCUAAAAACCAGUUCGCCCCGGAUAUACACAUGGCGUUACAUUAGAAUGUUUGGUUGGGUUACUGUUGUUGUUUCCUGGACAUGGUUAGUUUUUGUUGUGAUUCUAGUUCACGAUUUGGAAAUACUCAGUCGACAAUCAAACGUUGAUCAUGAUUUCAAGAACUGAUUCGCGAUUCUUGUGAAUUCUCAUGACGUAAGCGGGAUUAAAGUUCAUGAUUUGAAGAUCUUAGUUCGUAAUUUCUAUUCACGUUAUCGUGAUAUUUUAGUCUUGAGUAGAGUGAUUCUUGUUCACGAUUUCAGGAACUUUGUCACGAUUUUAAAUAUUUUUGUCAUGAGUUAUGUGAUUUGUUUUCAUACUUUCAGUAUCUUAGUUGCGAUUUUUGUAACUUCUGUUUAUGUUAUCGUGAUAUUCUAGUCAUGAAUAUGUUCAUGAUUUCAGGAUAUUAGUCACGAUUAGAUAUUUUUGUCACGAGUUGUGUGAUUUUUGUUCAUGAUUUCAGGAUUUUAGUCACGAUUUUCGUAAUUUCUGCUCAUGUUAUCGUGAUAUUUUAUUUUAGAGUUUACUUUCAAAGAGUAUUGUAACCAAUGUUCAUGAUAUCAGCAGUUUUAUCAUGGUAUUCAUAAAUUCCUUUCGCCUUAUCGUGAUCUAUUAUUUUUUUAAUUACUAACGGAUUUUUUACUCGGAAAAACCUGACAAUAUGAACUGAAUCAUUAAAAUAAGACUCAUUCGCUAUAUCUGGUUCUGUAAACUAUAUCACGCACACUAUUUGGGGCUCUCAGUGCAGUUUUCGUUUUCUGUCCGGACAUCACAAUGAACCUUAUCAAAUGAAUAACGAUGUUCGAGGUUCACGUAACUAUUACUGGUCGCUAGCAGCUGGGUAUUUAAUGAAAAAGUGCAUGGAACAAAAUGAUUCCAUGAAUAAUACUCCAAAUUUUGUGAAAGAGUUCACGUAAAAAUUUCAUUAACAUGUUGCGUGAAAUUGUAAAUGAUUACGGAUCUUCUAAAUAUCAUAAGCACGCAAAUAGAUACUGGAUAGAUCGUAAACCAUGUACUGGGAAUCAUGCCUCAGUUCACGAAUACAUGAAUAUUUUAUGAUUUCGUGAACUUUCUCAAAAAAACGAAUGAUAAAUUGUGACUGUUAUACUAGGUAUCAUGAACUAGUUCACGAAUACAUGAAUAAUAUUUCAUGAUUUCGUGAACUAUUUCACGAGCACGGAUAUUGGAUCGUAACUAAUAUAUUAGAAAUCAUGAGCCAGUUCACGAAUGCAUGAAUAAUAUUUGGUGAUAUUGUGAACCAUUUCACGAGCACGGUUAUUGGAUCAUGACUAAUAUAUUGGGGAUCAUGAAUUAGUUCACGAGGAAUGAAUGGAUUCAUGAAUAAAAUUUCGAAUUUCGUGAAAUAGUACACGAAAAAUAUCCAGAAUGUUUUGAUUUUGUGAACUAAUGUUCCUAUAUCUAUGAAAAAAUCAUGAGUCAACAUUUGGUUUUACGAAUAAUGUUUAUAAAGUUGUGAACUAGUUCUUGGUGGAAGCCGUGACCGAAGUUCACAAAACAAAUACAAAUAUUUCCACAAAUGAAAGCGUUAUGCGGGCGUUACUCAAGGGAAAUUUAAUAUAAGUAUAAAAGCCAUGAUUUUUGUUAAUGGUCCUGUUUUCGUAACGUAAAAACGUGAUUUUUCCAGUAUUUAUGGAAUUUGGGAACAAUUUUUUGUUUUCGUGCAAACUUUGGAAAAACUUGCGAGGUACGUUCGAGCGGGAAGCACCGUCAAAUUGACUUAGCAUUAGUGGAACUAUCCUGGGGUUUUAAACGUCUGAAAUUGACGCCCAACUUAAUUUUAAAUAAAUUGUCUGCAUUUGGUUUUUAAUCUGAGUUGACCAUCUCGCUAUUCUCAUACGUUACUCCAAUACCGUGGGUUUGAGGUUAUACACAACCUUCAUUCUGUGUGAUCCCGUUGUUUCUAGAUAAUAACGUCGCUGGAGCGUACUGGCUUGACAGCUGUCCAAAAAACGAGUCAAGCCCAUGCAACGUUGGAGGAGUGGUAAUUAAAUUACCUACCAGUUGCAGUUGAGAUAUCAUCAACCGUAAAUUAACGGACUGUACCGAGUGCAGCUGUUUUUGGCGGCAGCAUGUUUCAUUAUGGCAAAAAUUUUCUUUUAAACCAACUUAGGAGGGAAAAAAACUUUACCGUCGAAGAUAAAAGAAGUAGAACAAAGCAACAUCGCUGGGUAAUAAUAAAACUCUACUUAAUAAUAGGGAUGGUAGGAAAAUUUUUUGUAUCUCAAACAGACAGGAGUACGUAGAAGAAUAAUCAGUAUUAAAAAAGAAUCUGUAUAUAUGUAGCAAAACAGUUAAAUGUAUAAUAAUAAAUAAUAGUAGUCAAAUAGCGGCAAGCUGGGGGAGAGGCCAGAAAAAACUGUACAUUUUAACUCUCGCAUCCACUACAAGAAGACGUAAAAGUGAAAUUCAAAAGAAAAGAAAACUUUAAAGCAGCAGCAAAAAGCAACCAACUCAUGCAAAAUUCAGCCCACUCUCUGUCUCUCUCUAUCAACUCCUCACUUGUGUAGAAGCGAAAUCAAAAAAAUGCGAUGAAGAUUCUCGUGGCGGGGAAUUAGUGUUUAAGGAUGAACUAGGCGCACUUCUACCAGCCGGUACUUGGCUCUGUGCCGGAAAACUGUAAUUAAGUCUAAUGAAUAAGGCUGACGAGAGGUGGCGCUUUUGAGAAUCGACUUGUACAUAGCUAGCGCAACUCUGCUGAGAAAGAGAGGGGAAAUCAGGCGGUGUAUAGUUCAUAAGGCUCAAAUGGAAUAAUAACUCAAGAAGUUAGUGCUAUUUUUCUACCAAUUAAUUUCUAGGUUCAAAUAUAUUUUCUAGCAGCGGAAAAUAUCAGAGCAUACUCGCGACGGAGAGCGUCCUGUGUUUCUAUAUCGUUAUUGCAGUAGUAGCGAGAAUUAACUCUAAUCUCAAGCCAAUCAACGUGUACUGACCAGUAUCAGAACGCCAGUGUUACUGGUCUAGACUAGUAAAGAGCAAAUCAAGAAAAUCAAAUAGUUUUAAAACCGAAAUGGAAACAAUGAUAGCUAUUAAUCAAACAAAAAUCUCUAGACUCUCAGUACAAAUUAUAACUAAAUCAAAACAAAGGAAAUUAUAUGAUCAAGCUUGUCCGGCGAGACGAGCAUAACUAAAGAACGAGAAUGGAAGCUACUGAAAGGAAAUUGAUUGGGAAUUUGUUAUAGAGGAAUUGACUGUGGUUGAGUUAUUCACGAUAGUAGUUUAUCAGAAAGUUGACCAUUUUAUGUGUAACGCAUCAGGCUUCCGAACGGGGAUCACCGAACCCUACUCAGCUAGUUAGUAAUAUGGAGCGUAACUUCUUCCUAGUACCUACGUACUCUUUUUUCGAAAGGACAGCCGAACCGAGAUCACCCUAAGCAUUGAUUCGAGCACCCUAUUCGAUCAAUGCUAACACUAACAGAGCAGAGUUAUACAAACAAAAAAACUAAAAUAUGCCGUACGGAACCUUUUUUGCACUCGAUUCCGGACCGUGGCGGGAUGGGAACCGGAUCUAGCUACAACCCGGAACCGAGUGCAGAAGUAGACAUUUGUUUUGAGCCCCAAAUACCGUUUCCGUGCGAUGUUCGUCGCGUGCGAUCAAUCUUAAAAUGGACCUCGGCUCGGCUCUCCGUUUCCUCCUCUCUUACCUAAUUAUUAAGCUUGGCAGGAACGAUUCGCCCGGAAGUUAUCGAUCCGAAAUUGAUCUGUUUAUAUAUAUUUUUUCCACAUUGAUAAACGGUAAGACCAAAAAACCAGCUCCGAGGUGCUGGAGAUUUUUUGUUUAUUUGAACACAAAAGAACAAUGAAACGAAACAACUUCCAAUAACUGGUAGUAAAUUCUUGUGGGAAAAAAGUGAAAUCAACAAAAAACACUAAAAUACAUUAAUAAAUCUAUGGAACUAUGGAUGAGAUAUUA